CAACUCUUUAUCGAUGGCUUCUUCUUAAUCUCUCUCUCUCUCUCUCUCUCUCUCUCUCUCUCUUCGUAUUGAAGCAACAAGAAGAAGUUUCUGGCUGUUUGGAUACCCAGAAAACAGAAGAAAUUGAAAACUUCUCAAGCCAGCAUGCAGUUGCAGCCAUGAAAACCAUGCAAGCAAGGCCAUACGUGCCCAAGAUUUUCACUUUAUUCCUCCUCCUCUCGGCUUUGUUCUUUCUGUUCUUCUCUCUCCAACCCCACAGCCAAUUCUUCACCAAGCCGCCUCCGGGGAACCAACUUUCCGGCGAACCCGACCUCCGGAUCCGACCUGGGUACUCCUCCUACCAAGCCUACAUCCAGCGCCAGCUCAACAAGACCCUGAACCCGAAACUCCGAAAGGUAUGGACCACGCGAGACUGGGAGCGGAAGAUCCGAGUCUUCGCCACCUUCUUCGAAGAGUUGAAGCAGAAACAGCUUCUGUUCAAUAGCUCAAAGGCGCUGUGCAUAGGGGCUCGGGUCGGGCAGGAGGUGGAGGCCUUGAGGAGGGUCGGGGUGUCGGACUCGGUCGGCAUUGACCUGGUCCCAUACCCGCCCCUUGUGGUAAGGGGAGAUUUCCAUCACCAGCCGUUCGACGGCGACACUUUCGAUUUCGAGUUCUCCAACGUUUUCGACCACGCGCUGUACCCGAAGAAGUUCGUCGGAGAGAUAGAACGGACGUUGAAGCCUGGAGGCGUGUGCGUGCUACACGUGGCGCUAUCUCGACGGGCGGAUAAAUUCUCGGCGAAUGACCUGUACAGCAUCGGACCGUUGAAGGCGCUGUUUCGGCGGUCGGAAUUGGUUCACGUCCGGAGGGUGGACGGGUUCGGGUUGGAUACAGAAGUUAUUUUCCGGAAAAAGAAAAAGAUUUAAAGGUCACCACCAUUUGUUCAUUUAAUUUUUUUUUGCCCUUCUUUGUGAUUAGCUUUUGACUUUUCUUUUUUUUUUUUUUU